AUGCCCAGCCUUUCCCAAGAAAACCAAGAGUACCUCGAGGAGCAUCUUCCCAGGCAGGCUACCUGGGCACAAUUGCUGCCCCUGUUCAGAGCACAGAGAGAUUAUAAUCCCAGUGUUUACCAAGACACAGAAAAUAAAGACUCUCAGCAGGUGCCAGAUGUUAAAUCUUUCCUCCCUGCACAGCUCCCAGACUCUCCUGCAGUCCAGACGCUGCUCCACCACCUUUCCAGCCUGCUCAACAGCUUCAUGCUAUUCUUCUCGGAUCUUCUGCGGCGACCCCCUCCCACGGCUUGCCCGCGACGCUGGGACUUCACCCCUCAGCUUCCCGCCUGGCCGGGUGCCUGGCUCUCUCCAGUGACCCGCCGUCUCCUGCUCCUGCUUGGGGCCUCAAUGGCAUUGCCAGGCCGACCUCCGAGGGGUCGUCGUCUGAAGCUGGCAAGUCCAAACCCAGAGCCCAGAGAAGAGGACGCCUGCACUGGGAAGAGCUCGCCGGAGUCUCCUGCGGGAUCCGAGAGGACUGAGAUGCGGAUGCAGCAGACGUGCGGCGGAAGCGAGACCGAGAGCUCCAUCCCCAGCCAGCAGGGCGCGGGUAGCCGCGGCUCCAAUGCCUGCUGCUUUUGCUGGUGCUGCUGCUGCAGCUGUUCUUGCCUCACUGUCAGAAACCAGGAAGACCAGAGACCCGGAAGAGCCUCCCAUGAACUCAGGACAGACAUUCCGGCUUGUGAAGAAAGCCCCACCCCCACUCUGGAAGAAGUCUGUGCCUGGGCCCAAUCAUUUGACAACCUAAUGGUCACUCCAGCUGGAAGAAAUGCAUUCCGGGAAUUCCUUCGAACAGAAUUCAGUGAAGAAAACAUGCUUUUCUGGAUGGCCUGUGAGGAGCUGAAAAGGGAAGCUAAUCAGAGCACGAUUGAGGAGAAAGCCAAGAUGAUAUAUGAAGACUACAUUUCUAUUCUCUCUCCUAAAGAGGUCAGUUUGGACUCCCGCGUACGGGAGGGCAUCAACAGAAACAUGGUGGAUCCAUCCCAACACAUAUUCGAUGAUGCUCAACUUCAGAUUUACACCCUAAUGCACAGAGACUCCUAUCCCCGGUUCAUGAACUCCACGGUCUACAAAGACCUGCUAAAGUCCUUAGCUGAGAGAGCAGUUGAAGCAUAGGUGGUGUCAAGCAUACUUAUCAUUCAUAAUUCCAGAAAAUAACUCAUGGGCCACAUCCAGCACAGGAAAUCUAGAGGUAGGAUGUUCUCUGCUAGAGAGAUUCUUGGACUGUUGUAGCAACAAAUUCUUCCUCCACAGAGAGCUAUAGACUCACAGUAUAACUGCAGCCACCUUUAGUAAUACUUGUCAGGAAAAAAAGGGAUAUGACAGCCUUAGAAAGACAGUAUGCUCACACUCACAGUGACAGUAGCACGUUCUCAAGGGGAGGGCACGCACUAGCCUCUGCUCUGCCUGCAGCUCAGACACACAGAGCAAAUGGGGACACUUUUGUUUUGCAUGAGUUAAUACCCUGUUACACUCUGAAGGAAAGGCAUUCAGGUUUUUUCCAACUAACCCUUCCUUCAGUCUGAAUACUUCACUUAGCACCAUGCCAGGAUUGGAAGUCACAUUUCGUGAAGAUGUGACUAUUCCUUGGGAAAACGGCAACCGAGUGCAUCUGCGGCGGUGGUGGAACAUACCACACACUGUGCUCUAGGUGGGUCAGUCUCGGGUAUUUGGGAAGAAAAGCAAUGCUUAAGUGAUUCUUCAUUCAGAAAGGAUGACCAUAUUAUCGACCAAUCUGAAGAAUGAGUUUUCAGGUUCAUAGCUUGUCAUGUUCACAAAGCUUCAAAUAAGCAUAUUUUAAUUUUUUAUUGAAAGAAAUGUGGAUAUUUUCACUCUGAAAAAUAAAACAUAAAAGUUUUCUCUCAA